AGUGCUUUGGCUGAAGCAAAACCACGCACGCACGCACACACAAAGGAUUAAGAAAUAUCUCUUCCUCAAAAGAAUCUGUCUUAGCGCGGCUGAGCCUCCUCUUCUCUGUGUAGGGGGGAGAUAGAAAAGAAAAGGCGCAGCAUACGCGCCCCUCUAUUCCGUCCGCGUCAGCCACGCGAAUGCGACGCUGCGUCGUUCGCGGCCUCGCCUCGUGCGGAGAAGCGGCGCCGCCCAUCCUCGCCGCCCUCACUGUCAGUCAACGCACGCCCGUUUCCAUCGGUGGGCGAGCCAGUCGCCUGGGCUCCUCCAGGGAGCAGGGCAAGGCACCGCGAGUGAAGCAAAGUACCUCGCGGGACCUCCCCCAGCGUAUCCCUGGCACCACGAAGGUGCGCUACACGAACCACAAAGGACGCACCUUCACCUUUUCCAUCCCCGUCACGCAGCUGACCCACCCACCCGUAACCCGGCGUGGCGCGUCGGCCGCCGGGUGGCACGAGAUCGACACCAGCUUCAGCGACGUUGGCGACUUGGACGACGACAUGCCAACCGAGCUGGACGAACGUCUUGCCGCGGUGCGCGUGACGAGCGGCGGCGAGGAAAGUAGCGGCGUGGUCGUCGAGGUGAACGCGGAACAGCUUCGCGGCGUGCACGACGCAUUUGUGCAGCUGUGCAAAGACUACGUUUUGAUGGACAUCAACGGCAUGAAGACGUCGAUGACGUACGGCGAGCUGAACAACGGUCCGGACUACGAGCACUACGACCGCAAGACGCGUCGCCGUCGACACUGGAUUGCCCUCCGCCACCGCUUCGAGGAUGUGCGGGAGUUGCUGUGGCCGACGGAGGCCGCGUCUGAGAUGCGCGACGGCAGAGAAAGUGAUGAGACGGGGGCGCCCCUGCUGCCCCUUGCGUCUAUGAUGGAGGCCCUCAACUGGUUGGAGGCCGCCUCCACCUUUGCCGUCCGUAAACACCGUCCCUAUGACAUGGCAGAGGCAGCAGAGUUCGCGCCCUUAGACCUGUCGCGCGAGGUGCGGGUUGUGGCGGAGUGCAUCGGCGUAGUGGGAGCCUCGGAGCUCCUCUUGCCCCGUCCACCAUACAGCGUGGAGGACGGAGAACAGGCCAUGUCGGCUACUGGCCGCAGCGAAGAAGACGCGGACGAAGACAAGCGGAGAGCCGCAACAGAUCGUUUCAUUUCUUUCGCGGCCCUGUGUGCAAAUCACAAGGUGCCGUUGUCGGUGGCGUUUUCACCCUCUUGUGCUACUUCUGCAUACCAGUCCAAUGACAGCACGAGGCGUGGCGGCUCAUCGAAUAGUUCCACCGUCGCUGCUCAGGCGUGGCUGUCGACUCUGCCUGUUUUCAUACGCGUGAAGGACGCCAUUCGCGUGAUGGCGGUGCUUCAGUCCGUCGCCGAGGUCUCCGCGGACGCACGUACGGGCGUCGCCUCACAAAUCUUACGUUUCAGUAACGAGAAGGGCGAAGUGGAAAACGCGGAUGUUUUGAAAGCGCUGGGUCGACUGGUCUCUGUUUCGUUGUUUCCCCACGCCGAUGCUUUAGCGAAUGUGGACGAGGGAGAGCUGUGUGUGCUCAUGCGUUUUGUAGCGGAGCUGCAGGAGACGAAUGCGGCGUUUCUGCAAGCGUCCAUGGCGGCUAGCGACUCCGCGGAUGCACACGCGCCGGACAGGCGACUCCUGCAGAACUUGACGCAGCUCGCCAUCGCACGCUGCCGACAGCUGCUCUACAAGCCCGACGGUCCGGCUGCGUCGCUGCUGAGCGGGGACGAAGCGAAUAUUCCCCUCGUCGAUCUGCAGGCAUUUGCCGAGCACAACCACCCGGCGGUGCGGGUGCACACGAAGGUCGGAAGAGCCAACGCACAGGGUCUCCGCUUCGCUCGACUGCAAUCGCCCGCUUCUGCCACCUUAGCACAGCUGCUCAGCCGCAUCGAGGAGGCCAACAGCCGAUUGGCGACGAGCACGCACAGCCUGCGCGCUGAUCUUCUGCAGCACAUCGCCCAUAAGGCCGCGCUGGGCAAAGCACGGCUCACGCUGGAAGAGGUCACGCGUGCGCUGCCGCUGCUGGCGGACUUGAUGCGUCAGACGUCAGAGCAGCAGGUGAAGGCGAAGUUUGAUCGGUUGCUUGCCGCCAUGUCCACCAGCGUUGGCGUCGGUUUGCAGCAGGCCCCAAGCACGACGGUGGUGCUAGAGCUUCUCGAGGGUCUCGCGCAAUGUCACUUUGUGCCGAGUUCGUACAAGCAGCUGGAGAUGGUGGCGUUGCGGCUGAUUAUGCGUGGUGCCUUCUCACUCGGUGAAACGGCGCGUGCUCUCGUGGCGAUGCUGCAGAUUACCGGGCCGCACGGAGUCUCGCAGGCGGUGCAGCAGGCCGUCGCGACACGCGUGGUGGCGGCAGUGGAAGAGAACAGCGGCGCAGCUUCAGGGUCCGAGGUAUCGGCGAGUCUGUCAGAAGUGUGGAGUGUGCUGCGUGCACUGCGCUUUAGUCGUUACCCAUCCUUUCCGUCGCUGAUGCUGCUCGUGGCGCAGUCGUCGCUGACGGCCAACGUCCAUAGCUGGUCGUCGGGGGAUCACGUGCGCUAUGCCGUAUUGCUGGCAUCGGCUGCUGGCGAGUUGGCUUCUGCGGAGGACGACGUGGAAGUGGUGCGGUCCCUGUCGGACAAGGCGCGAGAAGAGCUGCAGCGGGGUCUUCGUACCGACAUAGAGCCCCUGCCGUUCGCGGGUGACGGAAGCGAAGACGCGUAUCAGGAGUGCCUCGUCACGUGUGCGGCCCUCCAACUUGCCACUACGCCACCAGCGUUGGCGACGUGGGCACGCACGCCCCACGGAAAGGGCGAGCAGAAGCGGCAACUACAUACGUUGUGUACGCCGCUGCUCGCCGCAAGCACCCUAGAGGCGAUGGAAGCACUGCACCUGGCACCCUCUGCGUGGUAUGCGGCCUACGACGCAUAUCUGACGCGUGCACUCCUGCAGGUAUUAACGGAGGAAGCGAAGGGGCCGGCAGGACUCCAGGGGCUGCUGGACGACGACGCGCAGAUGGCGGAGCGGACAAUGUACCUGUCGUGCGUCUCGCCUGCUGCACGGGCCGCUGCCACUGCGCUGUUGGAGCGUGAAGUGGAGCGGCUGGACGCGGCGCUGACGGGUGGGCCCGCCACGGACUCCGCCUCUGCACGUGGUGGGAUAGAGGUGCAGCCGGUCUUUUCGUUCCAGCAAAGAGCGCUCACUCGGCAGACCGAGGCAGCUGCGAUAGAAGAGCGACUUUUGCGUUACUGCGUUGCCUUGAAGCAGCAGACGGCCGAGGAUGCAACCGCAGGUGCGACUGCGUCUUAA